UUUAUUGUUUCCCUUCUACGUGACUUUACCGAAAGAACCAAGAAUAUGAAUCCCUGCAGUCACGAAAUCUUUAAAUCAAGAUUUCCCUCCAGUUCUGACAUUCAUAGUUGUCAUGAAACUAGAGGAUUUCCCUCCAUAUCUGGCAUGCAUAGUUAAAUGAAACGAGAGGAUUUCCCUCCAGACCCUGGCAUGUGGAGCUCGCUGAAGUCUCGACCCGGCAUUCGCAAUGCCGCGAGCGUCUUUAACCCUCAGCCCUGAACUUGACCGCCCGCUCUGCGCGACGAACAUUCCGCCGCUUUAAGUGCCAGCUGUUUAUCAAGCAACGCGACGACAACAACGACGAACAACAGCAGCAGCAUCAGCACGUCUAUCACGAGCCAUGUAUUGGCUCAGUCCCGUGGCGCUGAGCGUCACCCGAGUAGGCCGCACUCGGGGUCCGCGCAGCCUACCCUCUUGCCUGGCGGCUUUGCGGGGUCACGGCGCGCCCUGGGCGGCCGGGGAGUGCAGGGCGGCGGGGACCGCGCCUCGGCGGGGACCGCGUGAAGAGGCCCUUCGCUGCUUUCGGCUGCCGCAGCGCGAGGUCGUGAGGGUGGACGGGAAAGACUCGGCGAGCUUUCUGCAGGGGUUGACGACUGGCGACAUGGCCCCGUUCAUGGAGAGUGGUGGCGGUGGUGAUGUAGAAGGAGGUGGUGGUGGUGAUGCUGGUGGUGGUGAUGGUGGUUGUGGCGGUGUUUAUGGACACUUCUUGAACGUGCAGGGACGGGUUAUGUACGACGCGUUGUUCUACCGGAUACAGGUGGCCACUCAGCCCGACCCCAGCAUUCUCAUAGAGUGCGACUCGAGCAUCACCCAGGAGCUGCAGAAGCACCUGAAGGUCUACAAGAUUCGGCGGAAGGUCGCCGUGCGCGACCCCGACCCGCCGCUGCACGUCUGGGCAAUCCUGCCGCCCGAUGGGCAGCUUCUUCUACCGCCGCACCUGGGGGUCACGUUGAAGGUGGACGGGUCGAGGGUGGUGGCGGCGUGCCGAGACCCCAGGACGGAAGCCAUGGGCUGGAGGCUGGUGCUGGACUCUGCGUGCACGCCCGCAGAGUGGCUUCCUGACUGCGAGAUUGGAGAGCUGGCGGAUUACAACAAGCAUCGCUACCGGUUGGGCAUGGCCGAGGGCGUGAAGGACCUCCCCCCGGGAGUGGCCCUGCCGCUGGAGUCGAACCUGGUCUACGCCAACGGCGUGAGCUUCAGCAAGGGCUGCUACCUGGGCCAGGAGCUGACGGCGCGCACGCACCACACAGGCGUCAUCCGCAAGCGCCUCAUGCCCGUGUCUCUGCUGCACCUGCCGGAGGGCACGAGAGUCGUAGAGGGGGCGGCCGUCACGACCGCGGACGGGAAGUCCGUGGGGAAGCUGCGGACCCACGACGGCGACGUGGGUCUGGCUCUCGUCCGAUUGGCUCACGCUAACGAGCGGCUGCACGUGAGCGCCGAGGGCGGCCACGCGCUCGAGCUGAAGACGUCCGUGCCCGACUGGUGGCACAAAGACGGCGGUGGCGACAAGAAUAAAUAAUUUAUUAUCGUAGGUUUUUUUUUUUUUCUCUUCUUUCCCUUCCCUCCACCAACUGGCACAACGGAAACUGUGCCAGGACUGUGCCCAAGCCAGCCAGGAGAGGCACGAGAUUGUUAUUGUUUUUCCUCUCUUCUCCUUCCCCCCCCCCCCCCCCCCCCCCCCCCCCCGUGGUCACGUGGAUUUUUCUCCGGGUCCACCUUUUCUCCCCCUCCCCACCCUCCGCAUUCAGAAUCGUCGUCACGCGUUUCGAGCCGUUUGGCGAUUUAAUUUCCACGGCGCCGGUGGCACCCCGCCUCUUCCUUGAGCCGCCGUCAUUGGCCGAUGGCCACUGUCGCUGCUGAGGAGAAGAGCGACGGAGCAGCUCAGUGGGGCCUCGCCUGGUAACAACAAUAACAAUUGUUUUGGGUGCGUCGUUUAGCUCCACCCACCCCCCCCCCCCCCGACACUUGGCGAUGGCAGCGGCCGUACCGCAGUUUUGGCUCGGCUCAGCCCGGCCGGUGGGAAGACAAAAAAAACAAGCCACCCGUGCCGGCUCGGAUGUGCCCCCCAUCCCGCGGGGGAGAGAGAAGGGAAAUCGGUGGCGUGGUGUUGUCACCCUCCGCGCGGAGGAGGUGGCGUUGUACAUCGUUGUUGUACAUCGUUGUUGUACAUCGUUGUUGUACAUCGUUGUUGUACAUCGGGCCUUCUUGGGUUGGGUUACGAAAACAGCCGGGAGCGUUCGCGCUAUGAGGGGGCGACGGGCGUCGGGUCAUCGCCGCUCGGUUUUCGCGUGCGGGGCUCCGCUCGGGGAUUUCGUGUCCAGCCCCCCCCGCGCACACAAGCACGUCCCGGUGUGCCUCGCACUGUGUGGCCGCUGGCUACCAGUCGCCUGCCAGCUACUCCACGGUUUGCCAGGGACCAUCUUAAGUGUUGCUGCGUCCUGCACGCCACAUCCACGAUACCACUCGCCCGGGCUGUGGCUACCGGGCACGAGGCCAUCUCUCCACUGCUGCUCCACCAGUGACGCGGAAACAAAACAUGUUGAGAAGUUAAGCAGCCCCCCCCCCCCCCCCACCCGGCUGUAUGAAUUCAUGCACUUAUUUACUAAAGUCUCAGGAAAUUGAAGGGACUAAAAAGUUGAAGGAUGCUGUUGUUGGGAAUUGAGUGGCAUUAUACACCUGAGCAAUUCAACCCCCUCCCCCCCCGGAUGGCGUUGUUGUUGUUGGCAAUCGUUGCUGGCAAUUGUCACCGCCAAUAGUUGCUGUUGCUGCACCGUUUUCCAUGCAAACCAAUUGAUGUGCCAGCCCCAACCCCCAAUUACGGACAAAUCUGACCCAUCCCACCCUGCCCCAUUCGCCGGUAACUUUUAACGGCGGUGCCCAGUCGCCGUUCGCCGUUCAAACAGCGCAUUUCACGUUCUACAGAUGUAGAUGCCACUGGUUCUUCACGUUCUGUAGAUGUAGAUGCCACUGGUUCUUCAUGUUCUCCAGAUGUAGAUGCCACUGGUUCUUCACGUUCUGCAGAUGUAGA